GGGAUGUAUAGGUGAAAUGUGUGCGCGGGCUGAGGGAUGUAUAGGUGAAAUGUGUGCGCGUGGGGUGUUUUAGUGGACAUGGUCGGCUCGGUUUUGAUAUUUUUACUAUUUUAAGCAAGGAUGCAGAGAGGAAUCGUCCAUGGCUAAAAUCUUGAAGAAGUGGAGGGAGAGACUCUUUUCUCAACCGGUCGCUUCGUGUGUUGCGUAGGAAGAGGAGUUAGGCUAACACAUCCGCAGUUGUGAAUUUGUUGUCGUCAUCAUCAUCAUCAUCAUCAGGGGACAUAGCCGUUGUCUGUGUGUUUUUAUUUCGAUUUGUCGCCCGAGCGAUUUGUCGCUCGCUCGCUCGGUCGGUCGGAGCCGACGACGUUCCUCUGCGGUAGUAGUUUGUCGUGAUCACUGGCGUUGGUUCUUUUGAGUGACCAUGGCGGUCGCCUCGCGGGUCACCCACUGGGCGACAGCAGCUGGUCGCUGUGCUGAGCUUCCGAUUGGUAGGGUGGAAGCAGGAGGCGGGGCUGAUUGUGCGACGAGACAGGCGACGAAGAGCGGCCAUGGCAUUGGGUAUGCAGUGCCCGGGACGGCCAGCUGUCGCCCUGAGCCAUCAGCGUCGCAAUCUCCAUCCUCAUCAUCCUCCGUUGUGUCCUUCUCUGCGUGUGCGCGAUUCCGUGCCUCUCGGCGUCGGUUACCCUCGUCAGACUUUGUAGGAGAGAGUGGGACAUUGACAGAACGAUGUCUUCAUCUCCGAGGAAUAAGACGAGGAGGAGGAGGAGGAGGAGGCGUAGGUGGUCUAUCGUUAGCGCUCAAUCGUGCAGGGGGCUGGACACGUGUUGGCGGGAGCGCGUGUCAAUGGGGAUGCCGAUCGCGAUCCGGAAUGGGACGCACGGGGCCGAGAGGUGGGGGAACCACGUCAUCGUCUUGCGCGUCGUCUCCAUUCAGUCCACGUGGAUUGCGGCGCUUCGACGAUUCCCCGCCGUCGAGACGAUGGGGCAAGUACGUGGGAGAAGAAGUGGGAAGAGUGGUCGCUGUGGCGGAUGCAGCUGGGGGAAGAGUGGGACAGGGAGGUAGUGGAAGCAGCACAAGUACCGCUGCCAUUCUCAACAAAGAGUCGGUCGCCGAGGAACCGGGCUUUACUAUCAAUAUUGAUAACGAAGCGGAUGAGAAGUACACGCUGGUGGAGGUGGCCGGACAAAAUCGGAGAGGCCUGCUGCUCAACAUGAUGAGCAUUUUCAGAGAUCUCGGAAUGCAGGUGAUGAGAGCAAAUGUGGACACGGUGGGAUCGAAAGCGCAGAACGUAUUUUAUGUUCUGAACUCGACGGGACAAAAGCUCACAGACGAUGAGCGAGGGUCCUUACGAAAGCCAUUAGAGGCAUAUGCCUCAGCUGUGUGGGAGGAGGGGAAGCCGACACCUGCAGUCAGGUCGGUGGUCCCUCUAGUGGAACAGGAAAAGAUGUCACCGGAAAAUCAAGUGAGGCAUCGGCUGAUGGAGAUUCGGAUUCGCAAUGAUGUUCUCUCGGUCGAAGAGAGCAUUGUGAAUCAUGUCGAAAGAACCGUAGCUGGGAAUCGGUACGACUUUGACACUACAGAAGCCUAUCACGCUGUUGCACAUAGCGUCCGUGACCGACUGAUUGAAAGUUGGACGGACACAGAGGUUUACUUUCAGAAAGUCAACCCGAAGAGAGUAUUCUACUUGUCUAUGGAGUUCUUGAUGGGUCGAUCACUUCUGAACUGCUUGUAUAACCUAGAUGUGAAGAACCUUUAUACUGAAGCGGUAUCACAGUUGGGCUUCAAGCUGGAGGAUCUGGUUGAGGAGGAACGGGAUGCAGCUUUGGGGAACGGAGGGCUGGGAAGGCUUGCUGCAUGUUUCUUGGAUUCUAUGGCAUCGAUGAACUAUCCUGGCUGGGGGUAUGGGAUUCGGUACCAGUAUGGCAUGUUUCGGCAACUCAUCCUCAAUGGAUUUCAACAUGAGCAGCCUGAUUAUUGGUUGACGUUCUGCAACCCUUGGGAGAUAGAGCGUGCGAACGUUAACUAUGAGAUUCAGUUUUAUGGGCAUGUCGAGUCGUACACGGAUUCACAGAAUCGGCAGCGAUUCAGAUGGGUUGCUGGAGAGCAGGUGCAAGCCGUUGCGUAUGACAACCCAGUACCUGGGUAUGCAACGGAAAAUACAAUUAAUCUGAGACUGUGGGCUGGGAAGCCAAGUUCGGAGUUUGACCUCCAGUCAUUCAACACUGGAGAUUAUGUGGCAGCUAUCCUUGCAAAACAGAGGGCAGAAUCAAUCAGCAGUGUGUUGUACCCAGAUGACAGGACAAAUCAGGGAAAGGAGUUGCGGUUGAAGCAACAACAUUUCCUUUGUUCAGCUACUCUGCAAGACAUACUGCGGUCCUUCAAGGAGAAAGAGAAAGAUAUCACCAAGCUGCCUGAGAAGGUUUCUCUUCAGCUAAAUGAUACUCACCCUACCAUUGGAGUCGCAGAGUUGAUGCGCUUGUUGAUGGAUCAGGAGGGAUUGGGCUGGACCAAGUCAUGGGAUGUUGUCACGAAGGUGUUCUCCUUCACGAACCACACCGUCCUUCCCGAGGCACUGGAGAAGUGGCCUGUCUCUCUCAUGGAGCGCUUGCUGCCAAGACAUAUGCAGAUCAUCUACCAGAUCAACUUCAACUUCAUUCAGAGUAUGAAGAGCAAGGUUGGAGAUGACUACAGCAAGGUAGCGCGGAUGUCAAUCAUUGAGGAAGCGGAUGUGAAGUAUGUGCGGAUGGCGAACUUGGCUGUGGUUGCAUCGCACACGGUCAAUGGUGUAGCCCAAAUCCACUCAGAGCUCAUCAAGCACACAAUCUUCAAGGAGUUUUAUGAGAUCUGGCCCCAUAAGUUCCAGAACAAGACGAAUGGUGUCACGCAGCGCCGUUGGCUUGCAUUCUGCAACCCGGGACUCCGUGCAAUAAUCACUGAGGUCGUUGGUUCUGAGGACUGGAUCACCGACCUUCCACUUGUCAAGGCACUUGCAGCCAAGGCGGACGAUCCUGAGCUGCAAGAGAGAUGGAGAGCAGUGAAGCUUGACAACAAGAGGAAGCUGGCAAAUUUGAUCCUUAAACUAACUGGAGUCAAGGUCAAUUUGGAAGCGAUGUUCGAUAUCCAAGUCAAGCGGAUUCACGAGUAUAAGCGGCAGCUUCUCAACAUCCUGCAAGUCAUUCACCGCUACGAGAAGAUUAAGCGUAUGUCGCCGGAGGAGAAGAAGAACGUCGUCCCAAGGGUCAUCGUGAUCGGUGGCAAGGCAGCACCAGGAUACGAGAUGGCGAAGCGUAUCAUCAAGCUUGUCAGUGCUGUUGGCGAGGUGGUGAACAAUGACCCGUCAAUUGGAGACCUCCUGAAAGUGUUUUUCCUUCCCGACUACAAUGUCUCGUUGGCAGAGGCAAUCAUUCCAGCAAGCGACCUCUCACAGCAUAUCAGUACUGCUGGAACGGAGGCUUCGGGAACAAGCAAUAUGAAAUUUGCUAUGAAUGGAGGGCUGAUUAUUGGAACCAUGGAUGGAGCCAAUGUUGAAAUUGCGGAGGAGAUCGGCGAGGAAAACAUGUUUAUCUUCGGCGUCCGUGCGAAUGAGGUCCCCCGAUUGAGGGCUGAGCGGCGAUUGUUCCGUACAGACCCUCGAUUCAACCAGGUCCUCAAUGUCAUUCGGAGCGGGCAAUUCGGGUGGGCUGACUAUUUCACGCCAAUUAUUGAAGUGCUUGAUGGGCCAUCAGGUGGCGACUACUACCUGCUAGGAAACGACUUUGCCAGCUAUCUCGAUGCACAGGCCCUUGUCGACGACACAUGGCGCGACAAGGAGAAAUGGACUCGGAUGACCAUUCUGAGCACUGCGGGCUCCGGGAAGUUCAGCUCGGACCGCACAAUUCACGAGUACGCAAAAGACAUCUGGCACAUCGAUCAGUGCAAGGUUCCGUCGCCUUAGAGAAUGUAAGUUACGAUCCACGGGGGGAGAAACAGAAGAGGAUUGCAAUACCCACCACCAUGCUAGGAACAGGCGGAGCGAGUGAUGCCGACUGCGAGGAGGCCUUGGCCGACCAUGCGAGGAACAGGCAGAGCGAGUGAUGCCGACUGCGAGGAGGCCUCGGCCGACUGUUUCUGCACUGGCAGGUGCAUGGGCUACAACAGAUGGGAACUAAGCUUGCAGGCGAAGAAGAGGAGAACAUUCUCAAGAGAUGGAGACAGGAGGUGAAGGAGAGGACUGUGUGUGAAAAGAUGGGGGAUGUGUGUGCAAUACAACAAGCACGAAACGAAAUGGCAGAUGCCAAUCCAAGAAUCGAACACACAGCCUACAGCUUGCCAGGCAGAUGAGGAGGAAAGAUGUGGAUGUCUGAGGCGGUAGGAGGUCAGAGGGGAAGAAAAAGAUCGGUGUGUGAAGGGAUGGAGAUGGGAGGAGGUGAAGAAGAGGAGAUUAUCUGAACAGAUGGAGAAAGGAGGUAAAGGAGAGAAUGGUGUGUGGAAAGAUGGGGGUGUGUGUGUAUGUCGACCCAGGAGGUAAAGGAGAGAAUGGUGUGUGGAAAGAUGGGGAGGUGUGUGUAUGUCGACCCAGGAGGUAAAGGAGAGAAUGGUGUGUGGAAAGAUGGGGAUGUGUGUGUAUGUCGACCCAGGAAUCGAGCAGAACCGACGGUCUUGCCAGGCAGGUGAGGAGGAAAGAUGGGGAUGGUCGGAGGGGUAGAAAAGGAUCGGUGUUUGAAGAGAUGGAGAGUGUAGGAUAGUGAAGAAGAGGUGCAUCUGUCUGAAGGAGAGGAGGAUGUAUGCGGGGAGACAGGAUGGUGCCUGAAGAAGAAAUAAUAUUUGCAUUGUUGUGAAGGGAUGGAUGCGAAAUUGCAAAUCGUGCUAUCGAGUAGUGCCCUCUCAAGUCAGAGAGGUUCAUCCGAGGAGUUGAUGUACCAGAGGUAGGUGGUUCAGUGUGGUGGAUGCAGAGGAAAACCUCAAGCGUGUGGGAUGCGGGGAUCCGAGGGCAAAGGGCACUUUCUGUAGUCUUUUCAGGCUUUUAGCGCUUUUCAGUGCCACAAAACUUUUUGAAGAAAUGUGAAGCAGAAGGGACACACCUCAUGUAAAAGCACACAGGAAACCAAACGUCGAGGUUGGUCAAGAUAAAAGCGUAGACGCAUUCCAACGUAUCUGAGUGCAGCAGGCAUGUAGAUAGGGAAAAGAAGAGGGGAGAAAGGACAGCACUCUGAUGCAUCUGAACGAAACGAACAUCUGCGAAAUCUAGGUUGACGAGGGCGAGAGAAAAAAGUGCACGUAAUGUAUCUGUUUAACAGACGGCUAGAAUUCCACAGAAAUGUAGAUUGGUCAAGUAGGAAAUAGGGGAAAGGACAUGUGAAGAGGAGAAGAGAAGAGAGAAGAAGAGGAGAAGAGAGGAGGAGAGAAAGAGAAGAAAAAAAAACAUUGUUACAGUGCCAGAUCCGUGAUUGUACAGCGCAACAAUGAACCUCGAAAAAUUUGUGCAGAGGCGGCGAGGAGAAGAGAAGAGGAGAGAAGAGAAGAGAAGAGAAGAGGCGAAAAGGUAAGGAAAAGAUCGUUAGGAGCGUUUCGGAGCUGUGAUUGUAUAGCACCAAUGAACUUCGACAUGCAUGAAAAUGACUUGUUUUCCACUCUUUGUAAGUGAUGUAUGAACUAGUAUAAAAGGUGUAUAGCCAGCUUGCUAAGCCUUCAACUGUGUCUACUGCGAAUCGACGUCAAAAUGGUGUAGUUGCCUUUGUCGUGUUUCCUGUGAUUGUGGUUGUGGUCUUGAUGAUUAGAACUUUUGCCAUUAUGUGAACAUGAGUAGCAAGGGCAUGAGUAGUCUUUAAUAAUUAGUUUAAUUGCACAACAAUGGUAUUGUCCAGUUGUAAAUGUGCAUGAUUUUGAU